CAGGAUGCUGGGGUCCCUACAACAGCCACAUCUCUCACUUUGAGACAAGAUUCGCUUCUAUUUUGCUUCUCUUUUGGACGUAACCCCCCCGGACUCUUUCCGUUUGUCUUGAUUUUCUGUACCAGAACGUCGGGGCUGUACAGUCUAAGGAUGCCUUGUGGAUUGCUAUUGUUCCUUUUCAGCCAGGUCCUCUUGGUUGCUGCGUUGACUCAGACUGAUAAAUGCGGGGGGACUAUAGAGAUCCACGCGGCGGACUACCUGACCUCCCCGGGCUACCCCAGCGCCUACCCGCCCUCCCAGCAAUGUGUCUGGGUGAUAACAGCCCCCGAGCCCGGGCAGAAGAUCCUCAUUAACUUCAAUCCGCAUUUUGAUCUGGAGGACCGCGACUGCAAGUACGACUACGUGGAGGUUUACAACGGAGGGGACCAGAAUUUUCCCAUGUUGGGAAAGUUUUGCGGGAAGAUCGCACCGUCUCCGAUCAUCUCCAGCGGCAGCCAGCUCCUCAUCAAGUUUGUCUCUGACUACGAGACGCACGGGGCGGGAUUCUCCGUGCGCUACGAGGUCUUCAAGACAGGCCCAGAAUGUUCCAGGAACUUCACAGCUCCCAGAGGUGUCGUCAAGACGCCGGGCUUCCCUGAGAAGUACCCCAACAACCUGGACUGCACCUUCAUGAUCUUCGCCCCCAAGAUGUCUGAGAUUGUGGUGGAGUUCGACAGCUUCGACAUGGAGCCCGACACCACGCCGCCGCCGGGGGCCCUCUGCCGAUACGACUGGCUGGAGAUCUGGGACGGCUUCCCCGCAGUGGGCCCCCACAUCGGCCGCUACUGUGGCCAGACGUCCCCGGGCCGUGUGAUCUCCUACACGGGCAUCCUGUCCAUGACCAUCACUACUGACAACGCCAUCGCCAGAGAGGGAUUCUCCGCCAAUUACACCAUCCGCGAGAGGAGCCUCCCCCCAGGACACGAGGAUGAGGAUUUUGCUUGUAUGGAGCCACUGGGCAUGGAGUCGGGGGAGAUUUUCUCAGAGCAGAUCACCGCCUCCUCCCAGUAUAACUCCAACUGGUCCCCUGAACGCUCGCGCCUCAACUACCAGGAGAACGGCUGGACGCCGUCUGACGACACCGUCAAGGAGUGGAUUCAGGUGGACUUGGGAUUUCUGCGAUUCGUCACAGCUAUCGGGACGCAGGGAGCGAUCUCCAAGGAGACCAAGAAGCACUACUACGUCCGCGCCUACAAAGUGGACCUGAGCUCCAACGGAGAGGACUGGGUCACCAUGAAGGAGGGCUCCAAGCAGAAGAUCUUCCAGGGGAACCACAACCCGACAGACGAGGCUCGCUCCUUCUUCCCCAAACAGACUCUGGCCCGCUACGUCCGCGUGCGCCCCAUGUCCUGGGAGCAAGGCAUCUGCAUGCGCUUUGAGAUCUACGGCUGCAGGACGUCAGAUAUACCCUGUUCAGGGAUGCUGGGGAUGGUGUCAGGCCAGAUCUCAGACGCUCAGAUCAGCGCUUCAUCGUACGCCGACCGGAGCUGGGUGGCUGAAAAUGCCCGCCUGUUGACGGGGAGAUCGGGCUGGACCGGGCAGCAAACCAAGCAGCCCUUCAGAAACGAGUGGCUUCAGGUGGACCUGGGCCAGGACAAGAUGGUGAGCGGCGUGUUGAUCCAGGGAGGAAAACACCGCGACAGGAACGUCUUCAUGAAGAGGUUCAAGGUGGGACACAGCCUGGACGGAGACGAGUGGACCAUUGUUAAGGAGGACAACACCACCAAGCCCAAGAUAUUCAUCGGGAACCAGAACCACGACACCCCAGAGCUGAGGUCCAUGGGUCCCCUGCUGACCCGCUUCGUCAGGAUCUACCCGGAGAGAGCCACCAACGAGGGCCUGGGGCUCCGCCUGGAGCUGCUGGGCUGCGAACUGGACGACAUUACAACUACAGCCCCCCCCACCACAGACAUCGUCUCCACACUUCCCAUGACCACGUUUGGAGCGACCACCACGGCGCCCAUCACCGUCCCCGGCACCACCCUGUCCCCAGACUGCGAGGAAGGACACCAGGACUGCGGCUCCGAGACCGACGCGCCCGAUGACUACAACACAGUGACGGUGGGAGGCCCCACAGCGGCCGACCCCAACAUGGACUUCAUACCAGCGUACGUGUGGUUCGCCUGCAACUUUGACUUCUCGUCAUUCUGCGGCUGGACCAGUGAGACGGGGAUGGGGGCCGAGUGGCUCAUCCAGACCAACAGGGCACCCAGCAUCCACAGAGGCCCCGCCCUCGACCACAGAGGCGGACCGGGGAACUUCAUCUACAUGCAGCUGGGGGACACAGACCCCCCGAGUAAAACAGGGGAAGAUGAAGAUGAAGGUGAAGAGGAGAAGGUGGCGAGUUUGGCCAGCCUGCCCAUCACGGCGCCGGACGCAGACCUGUGCAUGUCCUUCUGGUACCACAUGUUCGGGGAACACGUGGGCGCGCUGCACAUCAAGCAGAGGCGGGAGGCCGAGGAGGGGCACAUCAUGUGGACGCUCAGCGGUCACCAGGGCAACCGCUGGAGGGAGGGACGAGUCCUGCUGCCACACUCCAGCGUCUCGUACCAGGUGGUGGUGGAGGGCGUGGCAGACAGACACAGUGGGGGACACAUAGCUGUGGACAACAUCCAGAUCAUAGAUGGACUCAAUGCUGAGGACUGCAAGGAUCCAGAAGCUCCUACGUCUCCGCCGACUGAGAUCUUCAUCCUACCGAUAGACUCCCUCUCGCAGGAGACCAGCGAGCUGGGGGGCCCAGGCAACAUGCUGAAGACCCUGGACCCCAUCCUCAUCACCAUCAUCGCCAUGUCGGCGCUCGGCGUCUUCCUGGGCGCCAUCUGCGGCGUGGUACUAUACUGCGCAUGCUCGCAGGGCAGCAUGACAGAAAGGAACUUAUCUGCCCUGGAGAACUAUAACUUUGAGCUGGUGGACGGCGUGAAGCUAAAGAAGGACAAGAUUAACGGACAGACUAACUAUUCAGAGGCGUGAGAGGGACAGAGGGACGGAGCUGUGAUUGCUCCGCAUGGACACGUAAUGCAGUCAAUCAAGUGGGAGGAACACGGGGGCUGAAGCCACCAAUGGGACGGCAGGGUGGGCUGAAAGUGAGCCAAUGUCAUUUUUUUUCUCAGGAGCGGCAGUGGAAGGGACUGACCUGUAGGGGGCACUGUGUAUAAAGAAUCUGUACAGCGAAAGACAAAAAAGAAGAAAACUAAGAUGAUUCUAUUUGUUUUUUCAGUGUGCUUUGUUGAUUUCAUGUAAUCACAUGCUGGUGUUGAGACCAAUUCAGAUGAAAGUAUUGUUUGCGUACUUAUUGAGAGAUAUGAUUUUUUUUUUUAUUCUUUCAGACGUCAUAGUUUCACAGAAAGAACAAAGUAUGUGGAAUUAUUUUCUACUCUGAUAUCUGGCUCAUUAGCUGGCCGUGUGUGUGCGUGUGCGUGUGUGUGUGUGUGUGUGUGUGUGUGUGUGUGUGUGUGUGUGUGUAAGUGUGUGUGUGUGUCUAGUGUGUGCAUUACACUCAUGUUAAUCUGUAUACAUGAAGUGUGUGGGGUGUUGUGUAUGUGUGUGUGGUUGUGUGUGUGUGUGUGUGUGUGUGUGUGGUGUGGUGUGUGUGUCAUGUGUUAUAUUCAUAUACAUCUGCAUACAGGUGUGUGUGCCGUGUGUGUCUAGUGGGCAUUACACCCAUGUUAAUUGAUACAUGAAGUGUGUGUGUGUGUGUGCGUGUGUGUGGUGCGGUGGUGCGUGUGUGUGUGUGGCGGUUACUAUGGGACCCGUGUCACUUCCAACAGUUGCUUUUUUUUUUUUUUCCUCCAAUUUUUCUGUUGCCUUGUUUUUCGGCUGGUGUUCCGUCCGUCCAGGGUUCCUAUACACACACACGUGAGGAAAAGUCCGGAAACUUUACCAGUUUGUGAUUAUACAACUACAAAUUGUCAUGUUGCAGUAGUAUACUGUCGAACAGCACGUGUGUCUGUGUGGAUCUGAAGGUCUUCUCGCCCCCAUGACAGUCGUAAAGACACACAUUCAAAUGUUAAAAUCCAAGUUGAGCAGUCAUGGUUUUGGAAAGCUUUGGAAAAUGAUGGAAUUUCAGAAUAGAACAUGUGUAGGAGCCCUGAAUGCCUCAUGUUCACGGCACAUGACACAUCCAACAUAUUGUACAUAGCUUUUAAUAUAUUUGAGCGCCCCUUUUUCUAUAGAAAAAGACACCAGUGCCGCAGUAUCCUUUCUAUGUUGGAAACUCGCCCCAUUGUACAGAAAACUAUUCCUUUUAACAGGCAGAGACACAAACCUGUUGUAUGCGUUUCUUUUGCAAAUGUGAUCACGCUUUUGUGUGAUUUAUCUUUUUGUUGUCGUUGUUUGGUUUGUGCUCGGGAACAGGAGGGUUUCUUCAACGACGGAAAUGGAGAUUAUGGAGGGAUGCCUCAGAAAUGCCUCAUGGGAAACAGUGUUUUUGUACAGGGUAAAACGGACCACCUCAGUUACCACUGGGACGAGGGCAGCUAGCCGAGGAUGGAUCAUUCAUGGGAUGUUUUCAUCACUAGCAGCUAACGUUUCUCACUGGCACACAAAGAGACGGAACCUUGGAUCGGAAGUGUGUCCAGGCGCCAGGAAGACUGCCAUCAGCAUCUUUUUAUUGAGGCUGACGGGACGUGGCGGACCCUGCUAACUCUUACUACCCUAACUAUGAACUAAUGUUAGCCAUGACGAUGCUGUCAGUGUUUUUAUCCUGUGGCGACUAUCAGAGAAGGAUCAAAAUGACGUUUAAAAAA